AUGUCUUCAAGUACCCCAACGCGCCCAACAAUUGCUUUUCUUUCCCUAGUCGAUUCUGAAAGCCUUUCGUCAUUAACGAUAAGGGAACUAAAAGACAUUGCAACAACUUUGAGUGCCGAGAACACAGAAAUGCCAAAGACAAGGAAGGAAAUUGUUGAUUUCAUUAGAAAAGUAGCUCCUGUUGGCAAUAACUCUAACUCUUACUCUGUGGGUGAGAUUAUUAACGAAUUUAAAAGGGUUGCUGAACUUGAGCAACUUAUUUCUGCUUGCUCUUCCAUCAUCGGGUCGUCAUUGUUGGUAGAAAAAAUAACCGACUACGAAAAUCUGGCUGACGUGGAGUUGGUAGAGGAUGUUAAUGAAAAAGAUGAUGAAGAUGUGUAUGAAAAAGAAAAUUAUGUUUUAACUCAAGCUUACGGGUUGAAGAAAAGAAUACGUGAACUAACUGGCUUUCGUAACAAAUCCGACAUCACUGAACCUCUACAUAAAGUUCGUGUGAUGAAACAGUCUGCAACAAACAAGCUUUUAAGAGGUUUAGAUAAGGUAAUGUUAGAGAUAGUAAACAAUGUAACGGUGAACAAUACACUACAGAAUGUCAAGUCCGAAUUGCAGACCGUUAAGACAGAGUUACAAAAUACAAAUACUCAGUUGAAAACCGCUGAGACAAAGUUGCAAAUCGCUGAAAGAGAGUUACAAACAAAGAGUGCGGUUCGUUGCCUUAAAGAUUGA